GAGCUCUUACUCUCUCCCAUUCAUUGUACUGCUUCCCCAGUCUGUGGUCAUUUUCUCUCAUCAGCUGAGACAGGAUACUCUUUUCUUCCCAACAUCCCAGUUUCUGCCCAUGCUCUCACCCCACAGUUAAUCUGCUCAUCAUUUUCAGAAUCACUGUUUCCUUCCUACCCUGCUCCUGGAACUCCUUCUGCCUCAUCUUCAGGGUUACAAGUCUCCACAUGUCUCAGUUCUCUGUAUCCUUAUGCCCAGACUACCAGUAGCCCUUGAAAUGUAAUGUAUAAUCUGCAUUUUAAAAAGGUAUAAUUAAAUUAUAGGACCUUACAGGACCUGGAGUGCAUCAGACAGUUCCAGGAGAUAGCAAGUAGCCCAUCUCAGCUCUCCUUUCCCUUAAAUUGAGGAGAAAACUUGAGUGCUUCAGCUUCUCAAACUCCUCUUUCAUGCCCACCACUACCUAUGCCGGUGCCUGCGGUGCUGUCACAGCAGGACAUGCCCUGAGGCACCUCCAGCCACGGGGAACACCUGCAGGACACUGGUGACAGCUCCCACCUCCUGCUCCUGGGACGGAAAGGGCUUCGCAGAUAUGGGAGGGGAGAAGUCCGUGGUAAAGGAGACUUCAGUCUCUUUUUCCCUAACCAGCCUCACUGCACUCAUGCUCCCGGGCCCCUCCAGCACAGCUCUUGCAUGGAUACACUCUCCCCUCCAAGCUGCCAGGAAGGUUGGGUAAUAGGGGACUUAACAAACGCGGGAACCUCCAGAGGAACUAAUUACUAAGGGACAGGCACGAGAGAAGCAGAAAUAGCCACAGUGACUGUUUCAUAUCCUGUGUCACUGGGGAGGCACUGAAUCAAGCAGGGAGCUUCACUCUUCCGGGGCUGGGGCUGCUCUGUUCCAUCACGAGACUGCACCACAAGUGGACUCUGGUGGAAAUUCCACCAUGCCUACGCAAGCCAUUGCAUGGACCUGCCACCCCAUAAAUUGAGGGGCUGCUGAUGGUCUCAGCAUCAGACAGCGAAGAGGCUUCCAAGAUACCUUUGCCUGCUCCAGCUCCAGCCGCCACUUCUCCACCAACAUGAAGGUGUCUGUGGUUGCUCUCGCCAUCGUCAUCGCUGCCUUCUGCUGCCAGACCUCUGCUGCUCCACUUGGCUCUGACCCACCAACCUCCUGCUGCUUCUCCUACAUCUCGCGGCAGCUGCCCCGCAGCUUUGUGAAGGAUUACUAUGAAACCAACAGCCAGUGCUCCCAGCCCGCUGUCGUGUUCAUCACCAGGAAGGGCCGGGAAGUCUGUGCCAACCCAAUGGAGGACUGGGUCCAGCAGUACGUGAAUGAGCUGGAGCUGGACUGAGGUCCUGGACAGAUCCAGCUGCUCCGUGUCCCCAGCUGCUGGGAUGGACGAGCGUGACCAACUGGGGUCCACUAGAAAUGCUUCGAUGUCAUUUAGAGUUAGCUGAGAAACUGAAAACAUUCCAAAAUCCAACUAAAUGUUCUGCUAUUUAAUUUUUUAUAGGA